AUGGACACUGGCACUUACCCUAGUGAGUGGAAAACUAGCUUCAUAAUUCCACAUUACAAAUCUGGUGAUAGGGCAAACGUCCGCAAUUACAGACCCAUAAAUAUAACCCCAGUUAUCUCACGAAUCAUGGAGAAAGUUGUAAAAGAUCAAUUGUCAGACUACCUAAUUAGGGAAGAUCUUGUUACAAGGUCUCAACACGGAUUUCUCAAAAAUAGAUCCUGCGUUACUUGCCACUUCGACUUUUUCAACUGCAUCACUAGUAGUCGCGAAGCACGUAAGCUAGUCGUUGUUCUCUACUUCGAUAUAUCUAGGGCAUUUGACAUGGUAUCUCACAGUAUUCUCUUUGAGAAGCUGUACUCUUGUGGAAUUCGCAACCCAUUACUGAACUGGUUAAAAUCAUUUCUAAGCAACAGGGUACAAAUAACCAAAGUUGGAUCUGUAUUGUCUCAUCCUAGGCAGAUCUCAAGUGGGGUCGUGCAAGGUAGUGUCCUAGGUCCACUUUUAUUCACAGUCUACAUUAACAGCAUUUGCAAGUGCUUCACCUUAGGCAAACCAUUCCUAUAUGCUGACGACCUCAAAGUCGUCUACUCCUGCUACACUCAUGAAUUAAGCGAUAUGGUUACUAAAAUACAUCUUGAACUAAGUAGUCUCGCAACAUGGUGUGCUGAAUCCUGUCUAAACUUUAACAUUGACAAAUGCGGCUGGAUUUGUAUCGGCAACAGUAACCUUGAUCUAACUCUUGAAAUAAAUGGGCGAAAACUAGCUAAGCUCAACUCAGUCGUAGAUCUCGGUAUUAGAUACUCUAGUAACCUAACGUUCGCUGAACAGACUGAUUAUGCCAGACGUAAAACACGAAGGCUGAUAGGAUGCAUAACACGCAAUUUCUUUUGUUGUGAAACUAGGGUUUUAUUAUACAAAGUAUGUGUCCGACCUAUCUUAGAAUACUGCCCGUUUAUUCUUAGCGGACUCAAACAAAAUGACAAGCUUAAAUUAGAGGGAGUGCAACGGCAGUUUACCUCAAGAACUCUUGGUUUAGAAAGUGGUCUGGAAUACCAUGAGCGAUGCGAAAGACUAAGAUUAGAACCCCUCUGGAAAAGACGCCUUAAGCUAAACCUUAUCUUUUACUAUAAGCUAACUAAUCUUCUCUUGCAUUCCUCCGAGCCAAUAACUAAACCUACCGCUGUCAUCAGUUACAAUCUUAGAAAUCAUCACAACCUAGCUGCUAUAGAGCACUGUCAGACUUACGUGCGGUACAACUUCUUCUUAAAUAAGUUUUCAGUCAUUUGGAAUAGACUACCAGCUAAUGUGCGCGAUGCAAACACACUUCCAGUGUUCAUCUCCUCAGUCACCAGACUGCUCAAAGAUGACAAUGCACUUUAC